GCAGCCCCAGCAUUCGGUGGAAUUGGACGAAUACGUGGACAUAUUGCAGGUGCAACAACUGCUAUUGGACUCGUCGGCCGCCGCUGCGGCAGCAGCAAAUCAAAAUCUUUCGAAUCCUACGCCAACAGAACAGCAGCAGCAGCAAGAGCAACAGUCGCAACAUUUGCAGCAACAAAUUGUGGCAAAGCCACGACCACGCAUCAAUCUACAAAAAGCCACGGAAUAUGCGGCACACAUAGCACAAGCCGAGUCCUCAUCGCCUGGCACGCGUCGUGUCCUGCUUGAUUAUCCCAAUCCAUAUUUGUACGGCAAUCAUUAUCAUCAUCAUACGCCGCCAAGCGAGGACCUAGUGGCCCUUUGGUUUGGCAGCAAUGGCACAGGCGGCGUAGCCCCUGGAACUCCAUCAGCGGCCAUGAUCAUGGAAGGGCUUGAAACCCUGGUGGCGCCAACCCAUCACGCAUUCCUGCUCACCGAAUCGGCCGCUGCGGCCCAUUUUAAUGUCUUGAGCUUUGACACGUGCCUCUUCAAGACGAGCACUGCCGCCCAAAGUAGCAGUCCAUCGGGUGGUGCCACCUCCACUGCUGCCUCAUAUCUGAGCCCAGCACAAUUUGGACAGUCCUCGGCUGGAGCAUCCACAUCAUCAUCAUCGUCCUCGUCGCUGUUGCAGCAUUAUACCACAGCCUCGGCGGCGGCUGCUGCAGCUGCAGCUGCCCAUCAUCAUCAUCAUCAGCAUCAGCAGCAGCAUCAUCAUUCACAGCACAACAACAGCAGUCCCAAUAAUUCCGUACUACGGGCUCGCAAUCAAACAGCCACACCCACGCAGGGCGGCAGUCCCAGCAACGUGGCCGUGCAGCCGAGUGCCACGGCCAGCAGCGGACGGAACUCGGCCUCGCAUCUGAGUCUCCUGAAUACCAGCCAACACGGCGGCAGUCCUGUCACAGCCACCACCGAGCAUACGGAGGGGCAUAAGCAUAUGAUCGAGGCACUGCCGGGGGAUCUAAAUACACCGGUGACUACGUCCAGCGAUAUACCCUCGUUCUUUGGGCCAUCCACUGUGGUGGAGCCACCUCCAAUAACCGGCUCUAUUGCAUCGGAGGAUCUCUCGCUGGAACCCCAAGUGGCUGUAUCGGUGGGGAGUCCAGUUUUAUCAUCCGUUUGUAGUCCGUUAAAGGAGGAGCGUAGUACGCCGCCAGCAUUGACUAUCGUUAAGGAAGAAUCAAGUAAUAAUAGUUGUAAUAUGUAUCCACACCACAACAACAACAACACAUCAUCCGCAACAACUACAACAACAACAAAACAGACAACAACAAGCGAAAACAACAACAACACAAUAACAGAGAGCGUUGGUUCGCCUGUAAACACUCAACAACACCAACAACAACAGCUGCAUCAUAGCAACAACAAUUCUCACCAACAACAACAACAACAGCCACAACACAGCAGCUCCCCACCGCAGCAUCAGCAACAUCAAUUCCAACAACACCAAAUAUUACACCAACAACAAAAUCAACAACAACAACAAUUGCCACAUCAUCAUCACCAUCACCACCAUCAUCACCAUCAUAAUAGUCAUCUGCAACAGCAACAACAACAGCAACAAACUCAGCAACAACACCAACAAACUCAACAACAACUCCAACAGCAACACCAACAUCAAAAUCAACAACAAUUGCAACACCAACAACAACAGCAACUCCAACAACACCAACACUUUCAACAACAAGUACAACAACAACAAAGUGGCAAAAUCUCAUAUCGCGGCAUUUUCACCACAACAGGAAACGCAAUGAAUGCCGCAGCAGCAGCCGCAGCUGCCCAACAGCAGCAGCAACAGGCGCAACAGCAGCAACAACAACUUCCUUCCCCCCAGUUGAGUGUCCUACCCGGACAGAUGUCACCACCAUCCAAUAGUUUGGGCAACAGUUGGGGCCUGCCCUCCCCGGACAAGUCGCUCUUCCAGCCACCGAUGUUCGCACACUAUGCCACCAUGCAACAGCAACAACAGCAACAACAGCAACAACAGCAGCAGCAACAGCAGCAGCAAUCCGCUGGUGCCACACCUUCGCCAUACGAUGAUGGACGUGCAGCCGCCGCAGCAGCAGCCGCACAGCAUGCGGAACUCCUGGGAUUAUCCAUGGAUUGCACUCCUCUGUUGCUGAAGCAACCGACUCCGACUUAUGCUGGUCCCUCUGUGUCCACUGCGGGAUUUGCCAGCCUGGCAGAGCUCCAGAGCAGCCACGACCAGCUGCAACAGCAGCAGCAGCAGUAUGCCGUACGCUCCCAACUCUCGAGUGUCUCUACGCCCAAAUAUCAAUGGUUGGACUCUCCGGCGGACUAUGCCCCACAGCAGCAACAGGUGCAGCAAGUGCAACAGGUCCAACAGCAGCAACAGAAUCUUGUCCUUCCGGGACCCACAUCCUCGGCCAGCUCCAGCAAUGCCGCUCUGGGGGUGCUCAUUCCCAAGCAGGAGACCUAUCCAGAUAUGCAGCCAAAUUCCAAUGGAACGGGCUACUCAGCAGCCUCUGGCGGUUCAUCAGCAGCUGCAGCUGCCGCCGCCGCCGCUGCAGCGGCUGCCGCUGUGCAACUUGCAGAAUAUAGUCCUUCCACCAGCAAGGGCCAUGAGAUACUGUCACAAGUCUAUCAACAGAGCACUGUGCCGCUGAAACUAGUGCCCGUCAAGCCGCGCAAGUAUCCGAAUCGGCCAAGCAAGACGCCCGUCCAUGAGCGUCCCUAUGCCUGUCCCGUGGAGAACUGCGACCGGAGGUUCUCGCGCUCGGACGAGCUCACCCGCCACAUACGCAUCCAUACGGGACAGAAGCCCUUCCAGUGCCGUAUCUGCAUGAGGAGCUUCAGUCGUAGCGAUCACCUCACCACCCACAUACGGACCCACACGGGGGAGAAGCCAUUCAGCUGCGACAUUUGUGGCAGAAAGUUUGCCCGUUCCGAUGAGAAGAAGCGUCAUGCCAAGGUCCAUCUUAAGCAGCGCAUCAAGAAGGAGUCAAAAUCGCGAGGCGAACAGCAGUCACAACAACAGCAACAGCAACAGCAGCAGCAAUCGCAACAGCAACAGCAGCAACAAUCACAGCUCCAACAGCAACAGCAGCAGCAGCAGCAACAGUUGCAACAGCAACAACAUCUCCACCAGCAGCAGUAUCAGCAUCCCCAUCAUCAUCUGUUGCAUGCCGCCGAUCUGGCGAUUGUCACCUCAAGUGCGAGCAUGUAGAGUCUAGAGAAUUCAGCAUCAUCCAUUGAUCCCAAGCCAUCGGGGAAUCUGCAGUCCCUACAGCAUACCAAUCUCGAUCUAUCAUUGGCCAUCGAUGAGAGUGGAUUCCCAUUUGAGUUGACCUCUGAUUAUGGCACCCUAUCGCCACUCACGAGUCCCUUGAAAUUCAAUCAUUUGUGGGCCAAUCAUGAAUACUAUAAGGAUGAUUCAUCCUCUGAGAUCUGAUCAAUCAAUCGCUGAUGCUGAAUAAUCUUACCUAGUUGUAAUUGUAAUCCAGGGGUUGUGUUAGACGGAGAAAUCAAUUUUCAAGACAUUAAAUCUUAAAGAAAAACCAUAUGCUACAGUUAUACAUACGAUAAAACAUACGAUAGAUGAUAUAUCACACAUCAAUGGAAAAAACAGUUACUAACCAUUAAAAAAUCAUAAAUGAAAAGAAAAUCCUGUUCAAAAUGAUCGAAAAUGAUCGAAACAAUCGAUCAAUUGUCUAAAUAUCGAAAAUUAAGAAAAUGGUGAUCGAAAAAUCUCUUUCGAUAUAUAAUGAAAAGUGAUCGAAUAUUAUUGAUUCGAUAAAUAGAUGAUUUAAAAGUGAUCGAUAAAUCGAAUGAACAUAUAAAAUAUAAUACAAAAUAUGAAGAAAAAAAAAGUGGGAAAAUAUUUAACUUAUGUCUCUAAUACUGUGAUCUCAUGUGUAAUAAUUAUUAAUUUUAAUUUCUUUACAUAACUAAAAACAAAAAUAAAACAACACAAAAUAAUUUUAAAAAUUAUAAUCGUUUCGCCUUUUGCCUUUAGCUAAUGUUCAUUUUUAAAAAAUGCUAACAC